AUGGAUAACGUUUCCUUGGAAGCGUCGGACCUCGAUCAAAACUUUUGGGAAUACUUCAGUACAGAUCAAAAUAUGAACUCGAACAUAAAUGACACUGUGUCAGACGCAGUGCCGAACUCCGACCAGGGUUUUGUUGUUGGGAUAUACAGUGCCUUGUUCGUAGUGGGUGCAAUUGGAAACGUGUCAGUGUUUGUGUCGUUAGUGCGGUCGAGAAGGAGGAAGUCAAGGGUUAACUUGUUAAUGACCCAUUUAGUGGUGGCAGACCUUAUUGUCAUCUUCAUUGGUAUACCACUUGAGAUUGCCUGGCGCACCACAAAUGCCUGGCUGGCUGGGAACUUGGCUUGCAAAAUUUUCCUCGUCCUUCGAGCAUUCGGUCUCUACCUAUCAUCGAACGUUUUAGUAUGCAUAUCACUCGAUAGGUUCUUUGCAGUGCUUUAUCCUCUCCGCCUGGCAGUGGCGAGGAAUCGAAGCAAAACAAUGCUAUCUUUUGCAUGGUUCAUCGCGCUACUUUGCAGUUUACCUCAGAGUCUAAUCUUCCGUGUGAAGAAACACCCCACCGUGCCAGAGUUCGAACAAUGUGUAUCCUUCGAAGCCUUCUCGAACGAGCAUCAAGAGCAAGCCUACAACGUCCUAGUGUUGUUCGCUAUGUAUUUCUUGCCAUUGGUUGUGAUAACAGUCUGCUACGCCUGUAUCUUCUGGGAAAUAAACACGAAUUCCAAGGAAAUCUCAGGCAAGUCGGUGCCAGAUGAGCGAGGCAGGAUUCAACUGAGGCGUUCGGAUCAGCGUCCACUGGCGCGCGCGAGGCGACGCACGCUUCGCAUGACCGUCACAAUAGUCAGCGUCUUUGCCUUUUGCUGGCUUCCUUAUGCUACGAUGACAUUGUGGUAUAUGUUCCAUCGACAAUCGGCUGUGCAUGUGUCUGCAAGGGUCCAGAACCUCUUCUUCAUUAUGGCAGUAUCAAACUCCUGCAUGGACCCACUUGUCUACGGCUCGUAUACGUUGAAUAGGAACAUAGUCAAAGAGAGCUUACGGAAAGCCUUCUGUGUUCCGAGCAGUACCUGCAAAACGAACGGUAUAAUCUCGGGUCCAGGUCACAGUUGCAAAGUGGCAAAAGAAACGAUCCAUCCGAAUAAUAUGUACGCAAAAUGCAGGCGACAAUACACCGUGAACUUCCAGGAGACGACGCUUAUUGCCCCGAGUUCAAUUUCAGAUCCUUUACACAGCUGGAGUGAGAACUCGAAGUCACGGCCGCCAAAACUUUGCGAAGUGUUCACAAUCCAAUCGAAAGUGGAGGUGUAA